AUGGACAAAUUAACGACAAUUAGUGCUACGCUGUUCAUGGCCGCCGAUGUGUUCGCUAUUGUUAGUCUAGCUCUGCCCGAUUGGAUAAUUACAGAGGAAGCUGGGGACAUACGUCUUGGCCUAAUGUGGACUUGCAUGACGCUGUAUAACCGCCCACAGGUCUGCUACACUCCAGAUCUUCAGCCGGAAUGGCUAAUCGCGCUCGUUUGCAUUUUCAUCGGCUGCAUUUGUAUCACCACGACAAUUAUAUUGCUGGCAUCCAGCACUUGGGACCGCAACGUUAUUCCAUAUGCUCGAUGGGUGGGCUUUGCUGCAAUGGUUCUGUUCUGCAUGGCAGCGGUUGUGUUUCCCUUGGGAUUCCAUAUUGAGGAGAUAGGCGGACAAGCGUAUCAGCUGCCGAAUACGUUUAAAAUUGGCAUAUCAUAUAUAAUGUUUGUGUUAGCGCUGUGGAUAACAGUUGUCUCAGAACUGUUUGCCGGUAAAGUCUGCUUGCCACACUUCUAGAGCGUACAGUCCAUUGAAUAGAUUUACGUGUAUAUAAAGGACGCCUAGUAUUAAGAUUUUAAGUACAAUUUGUUUACAUAUUUUCUGUGAUUUGUUACAUAUUUUGUUUUUAUGUGUACUGUUCAUAUCAAUUUAUUCAAUACUUUUUU